AUGGUCAAACAAGUACUCUUAUUAGGAUCCGGCUUUGUUGCCAAACCAACUGUUGAUAUUCUCUCCGCCAACAAGGACAUUGAAGUCACCGUUGCAUGCAGAACCUUAGAGAAGGCCAAGGAGUUAGCUGGCUCCGUUGCAAAGGCUAUUUCCUUGGACGUCACCGAUGAAGCUGCUUUGGAUGCUGCUGUAUCUCAGGUUGAUUUGGUCAUCUCUUUGAUUCCUUAUAUUUACCAUGCCACUGUCGUGAAGUCUGCCAUCAAGAACAAGAAGAACGUUGUUACUACGUCCUACAUCAACCCUCAAUUGAAGGCUCUGGAGCAGCAGAUCAAGGAUGCUGGAAUUGUGGUAAUGAAUGAAAUCGGUCUGGACCCUGGUAUUGACCAUUUGUACGCUGUAAAGACUAUUGAUGAAGUCCACCGUGCCGGUGGAAAGAUCAAGUCUUUCUUGUCUUACUGUGGAGGUUUACCUUCUCCAGAAGACUCAGACAAUCCAUUGGGCUACAAGUUCUCUUGGUCAUCUCGUGGAGUGUUGUUAGCUCUUACCAACCAGGCCAAAUACUGGAAAGAUGGCAAAAUCGAGGAGGUCUCUUCUGAGGAAUUGAUGGCAUCUGCCAAACCAUACUUCAUCUACCCAGGAUUUGCUUUCGUCUGUUACCCUAACCGUGAUUCAACCACUUACAAGGAACUCUACAACAUUCCAGAGGCUGAAACCGUCAUCAGAGGUACUUUGAGAUUCCAAGGUUUCCCAGAGUUUGUCAAGGUUCUUGUUGACUUGGGAUUCCUGAAGGAAGACGCCAAUGAAAUUUUCUCCAAGCCUAUUGCUUGGAAAGAUGCCUUGGCACAGUACAUUGGUGCUCCUUCUUCUUCUGAAGCUGACCUUGUGUCUACUAUCGCUUCCAAAGCUACUUUCAAGAAUGAGGCUGAUCAACAGAGAAUUAUCAACGGAUUGAGAUGGUUGGGUCUUUUCUCUGACAAUGCCAUUACUCCAAGAGGUAACCCAUUAGACACACUCUGUGCCACUCUAGAAGAGCUGAUGCAAUUUGAGGAGCACGAGCGUGACUUAGUCUGCCUGCAACACAAGUUUGGCAUCGAAUGGGCCGAUGGCUCCUCUGAAACUAGAACUUCAACUUUGGUUGAGUAUGGUGACCCUAAGGGAUACUCUGCUAUGGCCAAAUUGGUUGGUGUGCCUUGUGCUGUUGCUGUCGAGCAAGUCCUGGACGGUACUUUAAGCACUCCAGGUUUGUGGGCUCCUAUGACUCCUGAGAUCAACAAUCCAUUGAUGAAGACUUUGAAGGAGAAGUACGGUAUCUUCUUGACUGAGAAGACUUUAUAG